AGAAAAAUAAUACAUGGUUUGAAUGGUUGGGUGUACUGUGCCUUAACCCUUCGCAGCCUUUGAUCUAUUCUACCCGGCAUGCCCGUGUCGCACGGUCUUUAUGCAGAGCUGUCAAACAUGGCAACCCAAAGCAAUGAUACAGACUGGGGAAGUUCGGGAAGGGAGGUAAACCAAGUCUUAUCAACAGUGGCAGGCUCAUUAUCAAUAUUUGGAACAAUCAUGAUCUUUAUUACAUUUGCAUUAUGGAAAGACAUGCGAACAACUUCGAGAAAAAUCCUUGUUUUCAUUUCUAUCGGUGACCUCUUCACUGCAAUGGUCAACGUUUCAGGGGUCUCGAUGUCUUCGACGACGGGAAUACUUGACAUGACUUUUUGCAAAAUCCAAUCUUUUGUCAACAUUGCCGCUAUUCUGUCCUCGUUCUUUUGGACUGUGUAUUUGUCAAUCUUUCUGUAUCUGUCAUUAUGUGGAUUACGAAGAGAACGCGAGAAGAAAGUCAUGUUCGUGUUUCAUGUCACCGCAUGGGGCAUACCUUUGAUUGUUGCUCUAUCUGCUGCAAGUGUUGGCAACGCUUUUGGUCAAACCAGUAUAUCAGAUGGCUGGUGCUGGAUUUCUCGUAAUCUUUCAAGCAAUUUGUUAUUAUUCUGGAUGUUUUUUGCCGGCAAGGGAUGGGAAAUUCUUUCCUACCUUGCUAUUACUAUAUUUUAUAUCAAAGCCAAGAUUGUUUUGAAACGAAAGAUGUGUUCAAGUUCCUCCACACCUUUUCUUACCACAGCAUCUUUAGUAGCAGCUCGUAAAGCGGACCGUAAAUUUACCAUGGUUCCCAUCAUCUUCAUACUGUUGAGAAUGUGGGGGACUAUACGAUUCAUAAGCUAUGUUGUCUGUUUGCCCGAAUGUAAAAAAACAGGCCCAAAUCUAAACCCACACAUUGAAUUCUUGCUCAGAAUUCUCCAUGGAGUUGGUGACAGUAGCCAAGGCUUUGCAAAUUUCAUAAUUUUUUGUCUAUUUACCGACAAGAUUCACUACAAAAUAAAGCUUUGGUGCAGCAGAGUUUGUCCAUUUGUAAAAACUCACAUUGCUGACGACAAGUAUAAUAACUAUGAAAGCUACAGUGCUUUGGAUGAUUCAAUCAAUCACCCAGCUAGUAAAUGAGCAAUUUUAUUAUAUGGUCACAAUCAYAUUUCCUUUUAUAAUUAUUUCAAUGCUUGAAAAGGAGGYGCCAUGAGCACUUUGUGACCCCACCWUAAUACMCCCCAAGUCCCAAGUUGUCCURUUUACUUGCAAAUCAUUAUGGAAAGUUCCAAAGAAUCUACAAAGGGGAGAGGACAAUUUGGGGU